AUGCUGGUCGACGCCACUGUUGGACAUAAGUUAUUAAGUUUCAGGGUCGCCUUCUCAAGCUACAACCAAAUACUUAUACAUCCGAACGACCAAAAGCAGAUUGCUUCAUCACCAAGCGUGGCAUUUACUGUUACAAGCUUCAAGGCAACCAACAAUGAAGCCAAGUAUGAAGCAUUGUUUGCUGGCCUCUCCCUUGCAAAGGAAAUGGGAAUCAAGAAACUCGAAGUUAAAUCCGAUUCACAAUUGGUGGUGAAUCAGCUUCAAGGCUCCUACCAAGUCCGAGAUCCAAAGAUGACCUCUUACCUCAGCCUAGCCAAAGAACUCCAAUCGGCAUUCGAGGAAAUCGCCAUCACUCAAGUCCCAAGGUACGAUAACACUCAUGCUGACGCUUUGGCAAACCUUGGCUCGGCUUUUCAAGCAUCAUCACCAACAAUAAUUCCUUUAUUUCACCUCUAA